ACGUGGUAUUAGGAGAACUUAAAAAAUAACACACGUGGGUGGUAUUAGCAGAACUUCAUAUAUACCUCACACACGCAGACCACUGCACGGUUAAGAUAGUCUACACGCACCUCAACCACCGUUCAAUUCAUACACACUAAACAGUGUAUAUCAUCUCCGGCAACUUCACCGUUCAAAACUCAACCCCAUGACCGGCCAAACCUUCACCACCUCCGAAGAACCACCGCCUGGCACCUCUAACCCACCAUCAGCAACGCCCCUCCUCCUCCCAAACCUCCCGAACGACGUCGCACUCCAAUGCAUUGCAAGAGUCCCUCGCUACCAACACCCCUAUCUCUCUCUCGUCUCCAAAUCCUGGAGGUCCACCAUACGUUCCCCUCUCCUCUUCACCACCCGAUCACUCCUCAACUGCGCCCAACACUUCCUCUUCCUCAACGUCCGCACCAACUCCUCCUUCAACUGGUACCUCCUCGAUCAAAACCCUAACCCUCCAAACCCUAAAAACGCUAGAACUCUCUCGCUUCUCCCUUCCAUCCCUUUCCAGCCUAUUGGGGCUACAUUCGCGGUAUCAGGCCCCAAAAUCUACGUAAUUGGAGGGUCAAUUAACGAUAUUCCAUCCAACAAUGUUUGGGUUUUCGAUUGCCGGUUCAAUAGAUGGGAAGUUGGGCCUAAAAUGCGGGUUGGAAGGGAAUUUGCUGCAGCAGGGGAGGUGAAUGGUAAAAUAUAUGUAAUGGGUGGGUGUUUGGUGGAUAAUUGGGCAAGAUCAAUGAAUUGGGCAGAGCUUUUUGAUCCAAUGACGGGGUUGUGGGCGGCGGUGCCGAGCCCGAUUGAGAUUAGGGAUAAGUGGAUGCAUGCUAGUGCUGUUAUAUAUGAUAAGAUAUAUGCAAUGGCUGACAGGGGUGGGGUGGUUUAUGAUGCGGUGGCAGCAGAGUGGAGUGGUGUGCCAACUGGGCUUGAUAUGGGGUGGAGGGGGCGGGCUGCGGUUGUGGGUGGAGUGCUGUAUUGUUAUGAUUAUUUGGGGAAGAUUAGAGGGUAUGAUAUGGAGGAGGAUGAGUGGAAGGAGUUGAAAGGGGUAGAGAAGGGUUUGCCGACUUUUUUAUGUGGUGCAACAAUGGCCAAUUUGGGAGGGAGGUUGUGUGUGGUAUGGGAACGUAAGGGGACUAGUAAAGUGGUGGAAAUUAUGUGCGCGGAGAUUGAGGUUCGGAAGGACAGGUGUGGGGGGCUAAGUGGGUCAAUUGUUUGGUCCGAUGUGAUUCUUGUUGUUCCAGAUCGGUCUUCAAUUGUGCAGUGCUUGCCAGUUGGCUUGUGACAUUUGUUAUAACAACAAUGAAAACUACUGGUUCCAAAAAUAAUAGGAAAGAAAUCAAGUAUUACUCAGCGAGGGACCACUCCAAUCAUCCUCCAAAUGUUGUGAUGGAGGUACUUCUGUUUCGGGUGAGGUGACUUGCUCAAGAGCGUUUGAUUGAUUAUUAGGUGCAAUAACUGUAUAUCCUUGUAUAUGUUCGAGUGGUUACCGGCAGAUUGAGUGCCUCAUUUCUGGUAUAAGCUUUUGAUUUCCAUAUGGGUUCAAAUAAUGUAAUUCUGUAAAAUUAUCUCCAGUGAAUUGUCAAUUAUAAACAGGGCUCAUUGCAAUACACUAUGUAAUAUAUGACCCUUGGGAUUAAAUCAUGUUGUGAUUUUCUUUAAA